AUAUUUUACGUCAUUAUCAUAAUAAUGUAACCAAUAGCUAAUAGAAUGUUAAAUUACUUAUAACCUCAAAUGUAUGCCAAGUUUACAAUGUUGGCAAAUCAAAAGGGUUGUAUAAAUUUAGGUCAAGGAUUUCCAAAUUUCCCAUCUCCAUAAAUGUUAAGAGAUGCCCUGUCAGAAGAAGCAUAAACAGAAUCUCUUUAAUAUACAAUGACAGCUGGACAUCCAAAAUUAUUAAAUUCGGCUUCCUAAUUUUUUGAAAAAUAAAUUGGUUGUAAAUUUAAUGUAGAUAAAGAAAUUAUGGUAAGUUCAGGUGCUUAAGCUGUUUUAAGCUGUGUUAUGUAAGGAGUGCUUAAUCCUGGAGAUGAAGUUAUACUAUUUGAUCCUGCCUUUGGUAUUUUUAUUAUUAUAUUAUUAUAGAUUUAUACAGGCCUAUGAUAGAAUUUUAAGGUGCCAAACAUAUUGGGGUUCCAAUAAUUCCUAAAAAAUUAAAUGCAAAAUAGGAUAUUCUUAAAAGAUACAAAAAUGGGAAGUUUGAUUAUUCAAAUGAUGAUGAUUGGAACUUAGAUUUUAAUUAUUUGGAAAGAGUAAUAAAUAAAAAAACAAAAUUAGUUUUAUUGAAUUCUCCUAUGAAUCCAAUAGGAAAGUAAAUAAUUUAAUAAUUUUAGAAUGUUUUCUACAGAAGAAUAUAAUUAAUUAGCUGAUAUUCUUGAUAGAUAUCCUUAAGUAGUUGUAUGUGAAGAUGCAGCAUAUCAUCAUAUUACUUUUGGAUAAUAUCAACCUUUUAAUUAUCCUAGAUGUAUUACCCAUCCGAGAUUAAAGGAUAGAACAGUUUGUGUUACAAGUGCUGGUAAAAUGUAUUCAGCAACAGGAUUAAGAAUAGGAUUUGCUGUUGGAAAUGAAGAAAUUAUCAAAGGAUUAAAGGCAGCAUAAACUUAUCAUAUUUUUUGUUUAAAUCCUGUGAUUUAGACUGCAACAGCUAAAUGCUUAGAUUAAACAUAAGAUGGAAAGUACUUUAAUUCUAUAAGAGACUUAUAUGAAGAAUAAGCUAAUAUGUUAUUAAAGGGAUUAGUAGAUAGUAGAUUGAAUAUGAACUAUUGGGUUCCUUAAGGUGGUUAUUUCAUUGUAACAGAUAUAUCAAAUAUCUAAAUUCCUGAGAAAUAUUUUAAUGACAAUGGAGUUAGACUAACCAGAGAUUUUGCAUUUGCAUACUAUAUGAUUAAUGAAUUUGGAGUUGUUUGUAUUCCUUGUUCUCCUUAUUAUGAAAAUAAAUAGUUAGGAUAGAACUAUGUUAGAUGGGCAUUCUGUAAAACAACUGAAACUAUAUAAGAAGCAAUCAAUCGUUUAAAAUGAUUAUAUCA